GCUAAUCUUUCGUAUUUGGUGCCAAUACUAACUGUUGCUCUCUUCUAACCGCGCGGUUGCAGCAGAAACAGACGAUAACGAUGAAGAGGCGGACUGUUCAGGAAAUUAUUAUAAUUAUUUGAAGAAUAUUGGUGUAACUACGUUUUAGCGUUGAUAACUUUAUUUGAUAUCAAAUGCUUUAAUAGGUCAUGAUCUAUAUAUGAGUGACAGUUUUUUUAUCUUAACAGUUAAGAAUAAGGGUUAUUCACCGAUGUCCAAUAAUAUCCAGAACAUGAUCCAACAAUCAGUAAACCAAGCAAAAUGGCUAGAAAUUUGAUCCAAAACAACAAAAAAACAGGAACAUUUGAGUGGCACCAAUACAAAUUAAAGUAGUUCAUAAGAAUUUCAUAGAAAAAUAGCUAAACUACAUUCCAAGAAGCAAGAAUGUGAUAUUGUAAAUAACUUGCCUCUUUUUUUGCAAGAAUAAAGCUUAUUAUGGACAUUUUUUCCCAGGCCACGUAGUUUUUCAGCCCAGGUUUUAAGUAUUAAAAAAGGAAAGAAAAACGGAUUAUUCAUUUCAGGAACAAUAAAAUAGCAAUAGAAAAAAUGUCCCUAAAUGACACUUUAUGCGAAGAAAUACUUAAAUUCGAACUUCAGAAGCCUCCUCUUAGUUUUGAGAAUCAUACAUACCACCGAGAACCAUACAUCUUCAAGACGUUGAUUUUCACAGACUAUGUGAAGAUUGUAGCUUACAUAUUUCUUAUUUUGGGUGGAAUACUUGGAAACAUUAGUAUCAUUCUGACUGUUUCUCUGAAUAGAUCUAUGCGGACAACUAUAAAUUAUUAUGUUGCAAACCUGGCAGUUGCAGAUGCACUGAUAUGCAUAUUUUGCAUGGGACCACAUUUUAUUUACACUCUUACAUAUCCAGUAUUUACGCUUGGUGAAUUCAUGUGCAAGUUCAAUCCUUUUACUCAAAUGGUGUGUUUAACCACCAGCGUAUUAACACUUUCUGCAAUUUCUUGUGACCGAUUUGUGGCAAUCAUGUUUCCUCUUCAUGUAAGGAUCACGAAGCAACGCACAUCCAAAGUUAUGACGAUAAUUUGGAUAAUAUCAUCGGUUGUUUCAAUUCCAUUCCUUAUUGUGAAACAGCACAAUGUAUUCCAGUUCAAAAACUUCUUGGAGACAAAGUGCAGCGAAGAAUGGCCUCUCAAAACAUUCUACAGUGAUGAAAAAGACACUUGCGAUUAUUAUAAUUCAUACCGGUUUCCUUAUUAUUUAACUGUGAGUGUAACUUUGUAUUUUUUGCCGAUUUUUCUUAUGAUAAUGGCAUAUUCGUUGAUAAUCUGGAAAUUGUGGAUAUCUGAAGUUCCAGGGGAACACAACAUCCAAAACAUGAACGUACAAUAUAAGGCUCGAAAAAAAGUGAUCAAAAUGGUGUUCGUGGUUCUUCUAGCUUUUUUUAUAUGCUGGACACCAUUUGAGUCUCUUGCUUUACUUCAAACAUUCCCUGAGCAUUUUCAGGCAUUCAUACAAUACAUGAAUAACUACUUUGAAACCUCAAUCUCAGUGGAAGAAAAUGAGGAGCGUGUAAUUCCAACUCAGGAGCUAGAAUGGUUGAAAAAUUUUGAGUGGCUCGCAUACUUCUUCGCACAUGCAAAUAGUUUUAUUAAUCCUAUAAUUUAUGGUGGUUUCAACAAGACAUUUAGAGAUGGUUUUUGUCUUGUUCUAAAAUGUGGAUUUCGAAGAAAUGGAUUUAACAGACCUCCUCCAUCAAGGAUGACAUUCCCAACUGGAAUCACGUAUAGUCUUUCAAGGUUCACAUCAAGAAUGACCAAUGGUUCCAACAAGAAUUCCAGUCAGAAAUCGAUGAAUAUUGAGAUGAAACGAGUGUGCCAUCUGGACACAGAAGAUCUCACAAUCGUGAAAAAAGAAGUGCGUGCCGCAAUUUCGGAGGAAAAAGAAUGAUAAGCUAAUAAUCAAUUAACGCUCCUGCCACCGCAAUUGAAUCAUGAUAUCAAAAUCGGUGAUAAAAAGAUUAUCAUUUUUUGGAAACAUUCCAAUAAAUCCUACAAAUAGUUUUUAUAUUGGUAAAGAAUUUGUCUUUCAUAUUUAUAGGAAUCUGUUUUUUCUUUACUUUUUUCCUUUUUCUUUCCUUCUUUCUUUUUUUUUCUCUUCAAAAUAUCUAAUUUAACUUA